AUGUCCAAGCCACAAGCCAAAGAUCUCUCGCAUUUGUUGUCUGAGGAGGCAAAGUCCAGAAAGAAUUCUCCAUUGAAGGGUGCUUUCAAGUACUUCAACCAGCCCGGAAUGACCUUCUUGGGUGGUGGUUUGCCGCUUUCCGACUACUUUCCGUUCAACAAGAUCUCGUUGGAUGCACCAAGUGCUCCAUUCCCACAUGGUAUUGGUGUCCAGGCCACUGAGGAGGACAAGACUGUCAUUGAAGUGUUCAAGGACAAGUCCAAGAAUGAUCCAAAGAACAAGGAUGUGGAGUUGUCUAGAUCUUUGCAGUACGGUUACACUGAGGGCCAGCCAGAGAUCCUUGACUUCUUGAAGGAGCACACUGAAACCAUUCACAGAGUUCCUUACGAGGAUUGGUCUUUGAUUGCCAGUAUCGGUAACACCCAGUCGUGGGAUGCUGUCUUGAGAACCUUUGUUACCCGUGGUGAUGCCAUCUUGGUUGAAGAACACACUUUCUCUUCCGCUUUGGAGACUGCCAGCGCUCAGGGCAUCCACACCAUUCCUGUUGCUAUGGAUAGCGAGGGUCUUCUCCCAGAUUCCUUGGAGAAGGUUUUGGACCAAUGGGUUGGUGACAAGCCAAAGUUGUUGUACACCAUCUGUACCGGUCAGAACCCAACUGGCUCUUGUUUGAGUGCUGAGAGAAGAAAGGCUAUCUACAAGCUUGCCCAGAAGCACGAUUUCAUCAUCAUUGAGGACGAGCCUUACUACUUCUUGCAGAUGGAGCCAUACACUGAGAACUUGGACGAGAGAUCUAAGAAGCACGUCCACUCUCACGAGGAGUUCGUCAAGGCCUUGGUGCCAUCUUUUCUUUCCAUGGAUACCGAGGGUCGUGUUAUUAGAUUGGACUCGGUUUCCAAAACCAUUGCUCCAGGUUCGAGAUUUGGUUGGAUUGUCGGUCAAGAGAAGUUGUUGGAGAGAUUUGUUAGAUUGCACGAAGUCUCCAUCCAGUGUCCAUCUGGUUUUGCCCAGUCUGCUUUGAACGGUUUGUUCCAGAGAUGGGGCCAGAAGGGUUACUUGGACUGGUUGAUUGGCUUGAGAGCCGAGUACACCCACAAGAGAGAUGUGGCCAUUGAUGCCUUGCACAAGUACUUCCCUAAGGAAGUUGUCCAGAUCUUGCCACCAGUGGCUGGUAUGUUCUUCAUUGUCCAAAUCGACGCCAGCAAGCAUCCAAAGUACAAAGAACUUGGAGAGAGCCCAUUGAAGGUCGAGGAGUCCAUUUAUAGAAAGGGUUUGGAGAAGGGAACCUUAAUUAUUCCAGGAUCGUGGUUCCAAGCCCACGGUCAGACCAACCCUCCCCAGCCACCAACUCCUAAGGAUCCAGCUCUCAACAAGUUUAUCUUUUUCAGAGGUACCUACGCUGCCGUCCCAUUAGACGAAUUAGAAUUCGGUUUGAAAAAGUUUGGUGCUGCCGUCCACGAGGAAUUUGGUUUGUAA